AGAGGCAAAGUAGUGUUUCCACGGGCUGACUGGCUGGCUGUGCUGGCUUCAUGUUGGCGGACCAAAUGGAAACGUUCUGCCCGCAUAUUUGUCACCGUACGGGCACGUAAACAUGUCGGUGGCGUGUAUGAUAAAACCUUUAAGUUCGAAUCAAGGAUUACUUUUUUAAUUUAUUUUUUGCUUUUCGGCCAAUCGAGCCGAGCCGGGAACCACCGAGCUGAGCUGAAGUGGAGCCCAAAGAAAUCAUCAUAAUGCCAUCCCCGAAGGAGGGAUCGUCCAGUGAGAGCGACCUUUUUACGGUGAAACACGAGCUCAAGAACGCCAACCUGACGGGCCACCUGGAGCGGGUAGGAAUAGAAAACUUUGAGCUGCUGAAGGUGCUCGGCACCGGAGCGUACGGCAAAGUGUUCCUGGUGAGGAAGGUGAGCGGCCACGACACAGGCAAGCUGUACGCCAUGAAAGUCCUGAAGAAGGCCACCAUCGUGCAAAAGGCCAAGACGGCGGAGCACACGCGCAGCGAGCGUCAGGUGCUGGAGCACAUCCGCCAGUCGCCUUACCUGGUCACGCUCCACUACGCCUUCCAGACCGACACCAAGCUGCACCUCAUCCUCGAUUACGUCAAUGGCGGCGAACUCUUCACACAUUUGGUGCAGCGGGUGCGAUUCAAGGAGCAGGAAGUGGCGCUGUACAGCGGCGAGAUCGUGCUGGCACUGGAGCACCUCCACAAGCUCGGGAUUGUGUACCGCGACUUGAAGCUGGAAAACAUUUUGCUGGAUUCAAACGGUCACAUCGUCCUCACAGACUUUGGCCUCAGUAAAGAGUUUGACCAGGUGGAUCGAGCGUUUUCCGUGUGCGGAACAAUUGAGUACAUGGCUCCCGAGAUUGUGGAAGGAGGCGAGUCCGGACAUGACAAGGCGGUGGACUGGUGGAGUCUGGGUGUUUUGAUGUACGAGCUUCUGACAGGCGGCUCGCCCUUCACCGUCGACGGCGACGAGAACUCGCACACGGACAUCGCCAGGAGGAUUCUAAAAAAAGAUCCUCCUUUCCCCAAAGAUAUGGCGCCGCUGGCCAAAGACAUCAUCCAGCGGCUGCUCACCAAAGACCCGGAGAAGAGGCUCGGCUCAGGUCCAAAUGGGAUGGAGAAUGUCAAGAAGCAUCCGUUUUACCAGAAAAUCAACUGGGAGGACCUGGCGGGCAAAAAGGUGCCCGCCCCGUUCAAACCGGUCAUCCGGGACGAAUUGGACGUCAGCAACUUUGCGGAGGAGUUCACGGAGAUGGAACCCACCUACUCGCCCGCUGCUCUUCCGCAGAACUGUGACCGCAUCUUCCAGGGCUACUCCUUCAUGGCCCCCUCCAUCCUGUUCAAGAGGAACGCGGUGAUGGAUGACCCCAACCAGCUGUGCAGCGGCUCCGAGCGGCCCGGGUCAGUUGCAGUAGCCCGCAGCGCUAUGAUGAAGGACUCGCCUUUCUACACGAACUACGAGAUGGACCUUAAGGACAGCGCUCUGGGUGAGGGGAGCUUCUCCAUCUGCAGGGGUUGCACGCACAAGAAAACAGGGCAGAAAUAUGCCGUCAAGAUCGUCAGCAAGCGGAUGGAGGCACAGACUCAGCGGGAGAUGGCGGCUCUGAAGCUCUGCGACGGCCACCCAAACAUUGUCAAGUUGCACGAAAUCUACCAUGACCAGCUGCACACAUAUCUGGUCCUGGAGCUGCUCGGCGGAGGGGAGUUGCUGGAGCGCAUCCGGCGGAAGCGACACUUCAGCGAGACGGAGGCUAGUCGCAUCAUGCGCAAGCUGGUGUCCGCUGUCAGCCACAUGCACGACGUCGGCGUGGUGCAUCGGGAUCUGAAACCGGAGAAUCUGCUCUUCACUGAUGAAAGCGAGAGCUCCGAGAUCAAAAUCAUCGACUUUGGCUUCGCUCGGCUCAAGCCGCCGGACAAUCAACUGCUCAAGACGCCCUGCUUCACCUUGCAGUACGCCGCACCCGAGAUACUCAAGUAUGACGGCUACGACGAGUCGUGCGACCUGUGGAGUCUGGGCGUCAUUCUGUAUACAAUGCUGUCCGGCCAGGUGCCUUUCCAGUGUCAGGAGCAGAGUCUGACCCACACCAGCGCCGAGGAGAUCAUGAAGAAAAUCAAACAGGGAGACUUCUCCUUCGAGAGCGAAGCCUGGAGAAAUGUGUCGCAGCAGGCCAAAGAUCUCAUCCAAGAGCUGCUGACCGUGGACCCGAGCAAGCGGAUCAAGAUGUGCGGCCUCCGCUACAAUGCUUGGCUCCAGGAUGACAGCCAGCUGUCUUCCAACCCGCUCAUGACGCCAGACAUCCUGGGCUCAUCCACCGCCUCGGUCCACACCUACGUCAAAGCUACCUUUAACGCUUUCAACAAAUGCAAGCGGGAAGGCUUUCGCCUGCAGACGGUGGACAAAGCGCCGUUGGCGAAGCGGCGCAAGAUGAAGAAGACCAGCACCAGCACCGAGACGCGCAGCAGCUCCGGCGAGAGCAGCCACUCCUCGUCCUCUUCGUCACAGUCGCAGGAGAAGAACUAUGCCGAGGGGGGUGACGGCAGCCACCGGCCCGCCGAGGGCACGCCGGGCACCACUCCGGUGGGCACACCCACCGGAACGGACCCGGGGCAGCAGCAAGAGCAGCCGGCGCCUCCCGCCUUUCACUUUUCCGACGGGAAGUGAUGACUAUCUUUUCUCCUUUUUUUUUUUCUUUGCAUGGUAAGCAUGCAAGCAAGGAGCGGCAACCUCAAUAUCAAGCAAACCUCCUCUAGCAAUAGCUCGUCCCGCUCUUGACCCCGGGCCCAACCUCCCACACACACGCACGCACAUACACACCAACACACCGACAUGCACACACGCUCACACACUCUCUCUCACUCAGCUCUCUCACUCACACUCUCCCUCUCUCACACUCUCUGACCCACGCUCUCUCUCACUCAGCCUCUCACACUCUCACUUGCUCUCACCCACCCUCUUUCGCUCUCAUUCACACUCUUGCUCUCUCUCUCUCUCUCAUUCUCUUUCUCUCACUCACACUCUCACACUCUUCGCACACUCACUCUCUCUCACACAUUCUGUCAUACUAUCUCUCAUACUUCCUCACUCACACUCACUCUGUCUCAUUCUUUCUCUCACACUUACUGUCACUCACUAUUUCUCUCACACUUUCUCACUCUCUCGCACUCACACUUUCUCACACUUUCACACUUUCUCUCACACGCAAAAAUAUUAACACCACAGACACAUGAACACAAAAACAGACAUACAGAAACAAAUGUACUGACAUAAACACACGCACUGUGUCAAUAAAGGAGUGGAGCUGGCACGGUGAAAAAAAAAGACAAAAGAACACAAGGGCUGCCCUUCUGUCCCAGCUCCUGACAUUUCCAUCUUGUAAGCCCUUCCAUCCCCGUCUAACGUGCCGGUCACUGUCCCCCCACCAGGUCCAAAGGGAAAAGUCCGAGCCACGAGAGAGGAAAUGCCGACGCUUGGCCGCAUCGUGGGUCCACUUCUGUCGUCUUGGGCGAGUCACGUGUGUAACGGUAUUUAUACUCCAUUUGUACGGCAGAUUAUUCAUGAUGAGAUAUCCUGUUAACUUAUUUACGACUCGGACGAGGGAACGUGCGAAUACGGUGAAUCUUUUAAAAGAAAACUAUUUUGUGUACAGCAUCUAAGCUGGGAAAGACCCUUUUCCAAAAAAUAGUUUGUAUUCAAUGGAGGAUCCCUUUUUUAUAGAGAGUAUCAACGCUAACUCUUGUCAGUUAAGUUAGCAUCAGUGUGGCUGCAUUCCAAACGCUGCACUUAACAUCAACUGAACGGAACGCUAUAUUUGUCCAUUUGCUACAAAACUACGGAGCCCCAGACGAGACAUAAUUCAGUAAACUGUGGCCAUGAAUUAGGUUUAACCUUCACACAACAAAAAUACUUGGGGACUAAAUCUCAAGUCACAUCUGGGGAUCUGUACAAAAAAUGUUGCUAGGCCACACGAUCUCAUAGCAGCAGAUGUGUGUUAAAAGUCCCAAAGCAGACGGCUCAAAUCGUCCGUUCACUUCCUGUUUGUGCUGAUUUAUAAAAUAAAUGUGCCAAAAAAUAGCAAUUACAUUUUCAAACUGCAGAUCAGUAGGUGUCGUUUAUUUAUUUAUUCUUUCAUCAGAAAUCUUAGAAAUGUAGCAUGUUCCGUGAGCAUGAGCGAAGUACCUCCAUGAGGCAACAGUCACCUACUGAAAAAUAAAAGAAAUUCAUGUGGGUUUACAAAAUCUGCUAUUUUACACAAGUUAUGUAGAUGUGAAAGUUGAUAUUGCUAUUGUUGCCAACUUCAGUUAGCUCAACGCAAGGACUGACGGCUUUAAUUAGCGCAACAUAAGGACCGACUGGUGAAAAAAAAAUAUCUCCCUGCCUCAGAGAUUUUAGUGGUCCGAAAAUAGUUAUGGAUUUUUCAGUUUCACACCCUGAUCCAAUUUGGAUGCGGUGGUGUGAUUUUGUGACUGUACGCGACAUGACAUGAUGUGACACAAUGCCGCACAAUGCCACACGACUUCCAAUAGCAUACUUGCUAAACCCAAGACGUUUUUGCCAAGUCGGCCACAUUUAUCACAAUGUGGCUUUGAGGCCAACUUGAUUAGUUAGAUUUAAGCUCAUGAGAACGUUUACUCAACACAACUGUACCGAAAUUCCGUGCGGUAGCAUUUUAGGAUUAUCAAUUGCAAGCCACUCGAAGCACACCUGCUACAACAGAGGCUUCUCGAUUAGCGCCGUGACGUCACAUCAAGUGUUUGCGCAUGCCAACCGUUCCCAGCCCUCGUGUCUGUUUUGUAGCCGCUUGUGUUCGGUAGACAUGCGUGAUCUCGCCCCUUUAUGCUUCGUUUUAGUGGGAGUCGCUUUUCCCCGUCUUCUGUUCGGAUGCACUCAGCCGCAAAACCAAAGCGCAAUAGUACCGCUGAUAAUAACCUCGAGGAAGCUCCUCCGCAAUCUCUCCUCUCGUGCAAAUUAUGCAAAACUGCUGUUUGUUUUGUCCCACUGCGCCAAUCUGUUCUCUCUUUUCUUUAAACUAUGCACCCCCCGCCCUUUUUAUGUCUUUUUUGGGCGGGGGGGGUGUCCUCGCCGAUCUUUUAAGCGCGUCUGCAACCAAAGUGCACCACAUCCGUCGUCCACAAUGGGAACGCAAAAAGUGGGAUUCGUGGUAACAUUGGAGCAGCAGCAACUACAAAGCUCUCCUUCAAUUUAGUGCCCUACACCCCUCCCCAAUCCACCAAGCCUUCUUCUUUUGUUUGUGUGUAUUAAUAGCUCAAGUGGAGCAAAGAGGAAGAGUGUCCUACAUUGAAAUGCAGGCUCCCUGUGGGAGCCAGCCACUAUUAGCUAAUGUGCGCCAAAUCACGAGCCUCCUUUCCUUCUUCCAAAAGCGCGUCUCCAGAAAGAGCGGGUCCACAAGCUCGUUUACAAUAUCAGCCGCCCCCCCCCCCCCUCCCACCUUUAAACCCCGCUCUUUUGAUUUAGCCCUUGAAGUAGCCUGAAUGAGCUUCACGACCUUUGUUCCACACGGGUAUUUCAAUCAUACAUUUUCGAGGUGGAGGAAUUCUCGUGAGUGUACGGCUGCAACGAUACCCCAAAGUUGAGAUACCAUUUGUAUCUCCAAUUUCUAAAAGGAGAUUUGAUGCACGAUAAAACUAUUCCGUUUAUAUCUUAAAUAGAAUAUUUUUAAGGAGAAAUAAGGAGGCUUCGUACCAGCGCUUCGUAAAGGGGGGGGGGGAUUUAGGGUUAGGAUUAGGGCGAGGGGGUCCUAUCUAUAAAUGACACCUGCAGUUGUAUCUAAACCAGAAAAUUUAGUUGGAAACUGAACACCGCAUACUGGAAAAACUGGUGGAUUCUUUAUUUUUCUUUCCAUAAUUCGGAUUACGACAUUAUUUUUCCAAUUUAUAAGACAUAUGUUAAAGUAACAUUUAUAACGAUUUUAACACUUUUACACUUAACUGCUGCACAGUUCACGCUCGUGGAUUUCUUUUCAUGAGUCCAUUUCUUGUUCUAUGAUUAUCAUCACUUUUUGUACUUUUAAAUUUAACCCUAACUAUAUUUUUUAAGAUGAAAAGUGUUAAGAAUUGAGAAUUUGAAAAACUGUAUAAAAUGUAAAAACACAAAAUGGACCCUUUAUUGCCAAUAAGUAGAUAAAAUAUGUAAUUGUCUGAUGUUAAAACAAGUUUGAGAAAGUAAUUCAGAAAUAUCCCACAAAUAUCAUCACAAGGUUCCACUGUACUUCAUUGACAUAUUUUAAUGACACUGUAAAAAUGGCUUUUGAAGUAUUCCCCCCAAAAAACGACUUUACUUAGGCACAAAAUCUUACUACAUUCCCUUGGGAAGCGACCUAUUCAGCUGCUCCGUUUUCCUUUUUGGUUGUUCCCUUCCCACAUGUACUGAGAAAAAAAAAAAGGUACUGUAGCAGUAAAUCCCUUUGAGAUGCGACAUUUUGCACUCCGACGACUUUUGUUUUUAAUCUAAUGUUAUCCGUUACGUUCGUCUUGAUUUGCAUCAAGGAGAAUCUCCUCAAAGAGAUUUUGCAUCUUUCUUUACCGAACUUGUCAUCCACUGUGAAUCAUUUGAGGCCUUUAGCCUAACGGGAGGAAGUACAUCGGAUGUCUUUUUCUUCUCAAGAACCUAAUUGUAUGUUUAUUUGCUCAUUUGCUUUAUUUGUUUUGUUGUGUUUUCAUUUGGGUACAAAACCUGCUUCAAAAAAAAUAAUAAAGUACUCAGGCGUGUUGUUAUAGUUAGCGGCCGCCAGAUAGCAGCAAAGCACACGCGGAAGGAUGUCAAGCUUAAGUCCAAAACAUCCUCUUCAAGCUACUUUCUUUGUUCUUAGUUUGAAACAAAAGAAAGAAUAAUGAAAAUGAGAAAACUACUCAAUAAUAACUACUGUACUAAUUGUUGACUGAUCGGUUGGUUGUCUGCAGUUGUAGUCUUCUUCCCCGACCAUUGUGAGAUAUUUAUAUUUAUUUUAGACCUUUAAGGUCCCCGGGAACUAUUUGUUUGUCAUGUCACAAUAAAAUCUUUCUUUGUGUUUACCAA